AUGCAGUCUUGGGCAACCCUCGCCGCCGCCAUGGCGCUGCUGGCAAACGGUGCCGUCGCGCAAAACAUGUUGCGCUUCGCCUGCUCUCAGCUGGUCGUGGACCGCGUCGACCCUCUCGUCAACCCGGGCAUGCGCUACACACCCCAUCUCCACCAGAUCGUCGGCGGCAACUCCUUCAACCUGACCAUGGACCCGGGCUCGCACGAUCUGGCCGGCCAGUCGACCUGCACGUCGUGCAGCUUCGCCCAGGACCUGUCCAACUACUGGACGGCCGUCAUGUUCUUCAAGGCCAAGAACGGCAGCUAUCACCGCGUGCCUCAGGUCGGUAACGGCAGUCCGCAGGGCAAGCUUGUCAAUAAGGGUGGUCUUGAUGUGUAUUAUAUCCCUAGCGGCAAGGUGACUGCUUUCAAGCCGGGCUUCCGCAUGCUCGCCGGUAACGCCGCCAACACCGACCCCAAGAAGGUUUCCUCCGGCAACAUCUGCCACCGCUGCUGGACCUCGACAAACGAGGGUAAAUUCGUCGGCGGUGCCCCUUGCACCGGUUCCGACACCGUCGACAUCCCUCAAGAUACCAAGUGCAAGAUGAUCCGCCAGACCAUCAUUUUCCCUACGUACGCUUCCCUUUCUUUCCUUCCUCCCUUCUCUAGUCCCGUCCAUUCCACUGGAACUUGCUGGGACGGCAAGAACCUCGACUCCCCCGACCACAAGUCCCACGUCGCCUACGGUGGCGGCUCCGGCGCCAACGGCGGUGGCUCCUGCCCUUCCACGCACCCCGUCAAGCUGCCGCAGAUCAUGUACGAGCUCAUGUGGAACGUGACGAACUUUGCCGACAAGAGCAUGUGGCCUGAUUCGGGUCCUGCGUUCAUGUAUAGCAUGAACCUCGGUGGCGCUGCCGCCCACGGUGACUACGUCUUCGGCUGGAAGGGUGACUCCCUCCAAAAGGCCAUGGACAAGGGCUGCAAUCUCAACAAGGACUGCCCGUCUGCUGGCCUGACGGCCCAGACUACGGCUCAGUAUAACGCUUGCACUCUCAAGCAGCAGGCUCCUGAGCCUGUUGAUGGCUGGCUCAAGGCGAUGCCAAUGAGUGAAAUGGCCAUCAAGGCCUAG